AUGAACGCACCAAUCCAGUCUCCCAAGCGCCAGGACUCCACGUCCUCCAUCUCCUCCUCAUCGUCGCACAUGUCCACAAACCAAAUGAUGGCGCCACCCCAACCCAACGGCCAGCAGCCCCCUUCAACCGAGGCCUUCCUCCGCGACUUCACACUCGUCGCCGAGGCCGCAAAACGUGCCCAGAUGGCCGUCAUGAUGCGCGACUUUGAGUCUUGCGGGCUCUCAUAG